UCCCUGUUGUUGUUAGACCGGUGAUGGAGAAGCGGAGGGACCGCUACCGGCACAGCUAGCUUAGCAACAACUCAUCCCGGCUAAUAGUGAGAAAGAAAACAAACCGAUGAACGGAGGAUGGAAAUGGUUGAGCAGCUCGUCUCUUUCGCCCACAUUCAGGUCCAGUUGAGCGGGGGUGCGCCUUGGGGGUUCACGCUGAAAGGAGGACUCGAACACGGCGAACCUCUUAUCAUCACUAAAAUUGAGGAUGGAGGAAAGGCAGCGCUGUGCAAGAGGCUGAAGGUCGGCGACGAACUCAUUAACAUAAACGGAUCCGCCCUCUACGGCAGCAGACAGGAAGCACUCAUCCUCAUCAAAGGAUCGUACCGAAUACUGAAGCUUACAGUCCGGAGGCGAACCGUUCCUCUAAUCAGGCCUCACUCCUGGCACCUGGCAAAGUUAUCGGAGCCACCCCUCCCUCCUCCCCCCCCUCCUCCUUCUCCUCCUCCCCCCUGCCUCCCCCGUGCGGACUCGCCACCCCUCCCCCCUCCGCCCCCACCGUCUGCCAUGCAGCUCCACCCCGGCCCCUACACACUACCCUGGCACACAACUGACAACAGUGACUUGUCAAUGCAGUGGGGUCAACUCUCCAGACCAUAUUCCUCCACUGAUCGAAGCAGUUCUCUGGGUUCCAUGGAGAGUUUGGACACACCCACACCCACCACACAGCCGUACUCCGACUCCCACAAUUCCCCCGUCGACCCCUCCCUCUUCAACAACAAAAGAGACUCUGCCUAUAGUUCCUUCUCCGCCAGCUCAAACACAUCGGACUACGCUACAGUGUCAUUAAGGUUUGGUGAUGCUGGCUCCAUGGAUAAUCUCCUUCAGAACCUGGGACCACCUUGUAGAGGUUACCCCAGUGGAGACGCAGCAACCCAGGCCCCAGAUGACGUACAGAACACCGCACUCAAGUCAAGGUCGCUGACCAGGCCAAGACCGAGGACUGUUGAGGUAAAAGAGAGGCCGUCUUCCUGCUGUUAUGAAGAAGAGCGAAGAGGAGAAGACUUUGAGGUUGUAAGAAAUGGUGAAAGAGAAGCUGACAGGAAGACGAACCCUCCACAGCCUCCAGCCAGGAGAGACAGCUUUCGGGCCACCAGGAGUCGCCCUAAUGUCACCAACAAACGCUGCGCUUCUGCUCCCAUUGAUCAGUCCUGUUACUAUGACAAUAAUACGUCAUCGUUAAAGAUUGAAUCAGGAGUUCAUAAUGGUUUUGCUACACCAGAGGCAGAUAAAAAACCUGCACAUUUCAAAGAGGACAACUUAGACUCAUACUAUAACCAAAGCCAGAAUGAAGAACUCAGACCUAUAAGAUGUGAUGCUAGUAAAGAUUUCAAUUCAGAGACAACGUCACAUCAAAUACCUGACUCUGUGAGGGCCUCCUCUGGUCCAGUUGAAUCUUCCAUGCAGACUAACAACAUGAAGCACUCCCAGACAAAGCUACACAGGCACAGUGCUCCUGAGAAACUACUGGCUACACAGCUCGAGUUGCUGCAGUUUGAUAAUGACAGCUCAUCACUGGAGCCUUAUAUUCCUUCAAAGCCCUCAAAUCCAUCCCCUAACCAGUGGUCCCAGUCAGGACUCCAGCCUGAGAGGGACCAGGAUGCUUCGCACAACCACCUGCAGGCUCCGUCAAGCAAAUGGAGUGGCAGCCGCUGCUCAACUCCUGGAUCUGUGUUCCUGGAGGGAGAGGGUGAUGAUGGGGAUUUAAGUGAGAGGGUAGUUGUAAAUGGAGGUUCCCCCUCCCCAAUUACUCAUCAAGUCCCCUGGGGCCGCUCUGUAAGUGUGCCAGGAGACCACACGGGAUCAUCUGCCCAGGGAAGAAUGAAUUCUGAACUGAUACUUGAGAAAGACUUUGAGCCUCUUAGUGCUGCUGCUAGUGUGGAUACAUUGCUGGUGGAGCAGAAGGCUGCAGAGAGAGGAAGAGGUUUAGGAAAAAAUGAAGAGAAUACUGAUGGAGAUGCAGCCAUGAAGAAGUCCUCAAGGAACCAACGACGGAACCGGCGUCGAAGCGAGCGCUUUGCUACAAAUCUCCGAAAUGAGAUUCAAAGGAAAAAGGCUCAGCUUCAAAGCAGUCGUGGACCAGGAGGUUUGCUCUGCAGUGGGGAAACUGUUCAUGAGGAGGGCUCAGACUUCCAUGAGGAAGGAGAACACUCGCAUCCUCCUUCCCAAGAAAGAAGCACUAAAGUUGUGUUUGCCACACCGGUUAUUUCACAAGAUGUUCGCCCAUCAGCACCAGUGGAGAAGUCAAACUGUGAUGCCUUGCCAAAUCAACCCCUGUCAACACCAUGCACUCAAAACAACACCAUAUCCAGGUCAGUUCAGAUUCUGGAUCCAGGUGUACCUAACUUUGGUGUUGGUAUUCGAGUGAUAGAGGAACCAGCCCCUGCUGGCAAAGCUCGCCGUUGGCGCUGGACCCCCGAACAUAAACUCCAACCAGAACCUGAACCAGAAAAACGUGGAGGUUUGGGUGAAAGGGUGUUGGGUGUCACAGGUUCUCGGCACGGAGUUUGUGCCUUCACCACUUCUUCCUACACUCGAUCCUCUUCCUGUUCAAGGAUCGAUGAGUCUGAUAUUCUUCCAUUUGCAGAUAGAAGGAAGUUCUUUGAAGAGACAAGCAAGGGUGGUUCACAGCUGUCAAGUCUGGCUAAUCGUAGACAGAAGAACAUAUCACACCAGCCUGACCACCAAGGAGCAGCGGAACUCUCCUUCCAGCACCAAGCCCAAAGGAGAUACUCAUUCCAAGGGGGUCUUAAGCAGGAGAGUGCUCUUGUCUCAAACACUGUGGAGGCCAGGAGGCAGUCCAUGAGUACCAGCAGGGAGAGAGAAAAAGAGAGAGAACGAGAGAGGGUAGAAAGGGUACGCAAGCGGGAAAGACAGCUGGAGAGGGAAAGGCAGGAGAGGGAAUUAGAAAUGGAGAGGGUAAGACUGAGGGAGAUGGAGCGAGAGAGAGAACAAGAGGAGAGGGCAAGACAGUGGGAGAGGGAAAGAGAGAGGGAUCUGGAAUUGGAGAGGGAAAGAGAGAUGGAGAGGGCUCGAGAAAAGGACAGACUCAACAGAGAAAGAGAGGAACAGCUGGAGCGGGAACGAGACAGGCAAAAGCAGGAGGAUGCUCAGCUCAUGUCACACCAGGAGUUUUACAGUAGCUCAAGCAUCAAAGAGAAGCAUCAAGAUUUCCAGCACAAGGACAGUUUCCACAGCUUUCAGCCCAAGACUCAAGGUUUCUCCCAAGUCCAGAAUCACGUUCCGCGGUCUGCUUUUUAUCCAGUCAGCACCCAUCCCCAGCACCCAGGGAGCCAGCAACCUCUGCACCAGGGAUACAAUGCAAGGAGCUAUACGCCCACAGAGAUGUAUCCCGCCCGGCAACAGGAAAUAGCCAAGCUCAACAGGAAGUACAGCCUGACCGAGAGGGACUACCCAAACAGGAGGUGGGAGUCCCGACCACCAGAGACCACCAGUCAGCACCACCAGGGUCGAUGGGGCCCGAGGCAGAUUGAGAACAGCACUGCUGACCGAAACGGUUAUGCGUUGGCUCCUCCACCCGCUCCACUUUCGCUAAGGGGACGAGCCAUGUCUGAAAACGAUAUCCGCUUCGACAGCAGCCACCGCUGGUCACCAUCCAUCUCCACGGCAACCAGCCAGAUUCUGAGUGAAGUGGAGGAGGGAGCAGUGAGCACAACCAGGCCAAACAAGAAGAAGACACCACCUCCGCCCAGACCGCCGCCUCCAAAGUGGGACCAGUUCCACCGCAGGCGUGCAUCUCACCACGCCCUUUUUUCAACUUCUUCUACCUCUGCCACUCCUCAGUCCAUUCCCUCAACCUUCAACUCUACAGAGGGAAACCAUGUGACCCAUGCCUCCUCAUACACCCCCGCAUCUGAAACCUCCAGGCAGAGGUCCUACAGUCUUCCACCUCAGAGGCAGGAAGUGACGGAGGGAUGUCCACGCUGCAGCUGCAACCAAACCCAGGCGUCCCAGGAACCCUCGUUUCCCCACACUCUGUCCAACCAGAGCCAACCACAAAUGCAGGAACACCACUUUCGCCACAGCCCGUCCAAUCAGAACCAGACUCAGCUUCAAGAGCCGCUGUUUCAAAUCGCACCGCCCAGUCCCAUGUUCUCCAGGCGAGCCUUCCGACCGGUGGCCCCACCUCAGAGAGAGAGGGAGGGGAACCUGAGGAGCACAUACAGCGGACAGCAGGAGAAGGUUGACAGUUUUGCUCUCCCUCCUCCUCCACCGCCAGUAGCAGAGGAUAGUGUUAACAGUUUCUCUGACAUGGAUACCAGCCACAGCCCAGACCAGGACAGAAUGACAGUGAAAACUCACAACAACACGCGACAUGAUGCUGAGUGGGAAAGAGCCCAAUCUCCCAGAAUUCAUAGCGACACAGCGCAUCCUCCUGUGAUUGAAAAUGGAGGUGUCAGCGGGGUUUUACCUGCUGAAUCCUUCUUCUCCAUAGACUACCAACAGGAGCAGCAGCAACUCAGCACGAACACAGAGUUCCAGAACUUCAACAACAACUUCAGUAACACUGAGCAGCAGAAGAUCCCCGAACCAGGAACAGAAUCGGAGACGACCCUCAGUCCGAGUCCUGCCCACAGUCUGGAGGCAGAACUGGACGUUCCCAUGGAAACCGAUAUCGAUGACUUCCAGGAAGAGGAGCUCCCGACGGUGAGCGAACCAAUCACCAGCGAGCUCCCGUGCUUUGCGCUGCCGGUCACCGUCCUGGAGACGGACAUCGACACUUUACCGGAUGCGGAGAGCUCGCCGCGGGGCCGGACGAGGGCGGAGAGCAGCUCGGUGGAGGAGGAGCUGGAGGUCGGGGAGGGCAGCAGCAGAGAGGGGCUGAGUCUGGAGGAGAUCUUCCCCCACAGCAGCGAGGGAGAGUCGGGCACAGAGAGCUGGAGAGGGGCCUACCAGACCAUGGAGCACAGCACAGACAGCUUAGAUAGGCGAUCCGGUGCGAGCUCCAGCUGUUCGUCCUAUUACAGCACGUCGGCAGCCAAGGCCCAGCUCCUGUCGCAGAUGAAGGACUUCACCGACAACCACGAACGGGACGAGGACGACGAACUGACCUACAAGAAACAGCUGAUGGAGAGCCUCCGCAAGAAGCUGGGAGUGCUGAGAGAAGCUCAGAGGGGGCUGCAGGAAGACAUCAGAGCCAACGCACAGCUGGGAGAGGAGGUGGAGGGGAUGGUGGUGGGGGUGUGUAAACCCAACGAGGUGGACAAGUUCCGCAUGUUCAUCGGCGAUCUGGAUAAGGUGGUGAGCCUGCUGCUUUCGCUGUCAGGGAGGCUGCUGAGAGUGGAGACCACGUUGGACACCCAGGACCCGGAGGCCGAACACCACGAGAGGCUCCCCCUGCUGGAGAAGAAGCGUCAGCUCAUGAGGCAGCUGUCCGAGGCCCAGGACCUGAAGGACCACGUCGACCGCAGAGAGCAGGCCGUCAGCCGGGUGCUCGCCCGCUGCCUCUCCCCAGAGCAGCACCGAGAUUACAGCCACUUUGUGAAGAUGAAGGCCGCCCUGUUGGUGGAGCAGAGGCAGCUGGAGGAUAAGAUCCGCCUGGGAGAGGAGCAGCUCCGAGGGCUGAGGGAGAGCCUGGGACUGGGACUGGGACUGGGACUGGGAAUGGGAAUGUCAAUGGGAUACGGACAUUAUUAAAACAAACAAACAAACAAAAAAAAUACCAGAGAAGAUGGAGAAGCAGGCUUUAGCUGUUUUCAUGAAGGUCAAAUGUUCAACUGUAUUCUGUGACCCAACAGGAAACUUUUCCACCAUCAUUUACUGCCUGCUUUAUUUUAAAAACCAAACCCUUCGUACACUUCAGCGGCAAAGGGCUUAUGGGAAAUGUAGUUUCCAAAACAUUUUACGUAUUUGAAUAGAUGUCCAUUUUACUGACGUAGCUUUUACAUUGGACUGUCUUAAAAAUAGAAGUUGGGGUUUAAUUUCUUUUAAAUCCAGUUAAAUUGUUUCAUUUUUAUUUCCCUCCUCGGUGGGAUUCGUUUCGGCAGUUUUAUAGUGGUGUAUUUAAUUUUGUCGAACCAAGGCUUUCAGCUCAGGUCACAGAAUACAGUACAACACCAGAAACAAGCAGGUCUGGGAUAAAGUGAAACCAGAGCAGUUUGGUUCCACAAUAAAACAAGAACCAAACAUGCAGCCGUUUGUAAAAAACACUGAUUAGAAUUUGAAGUAUUAGCUGCAGGAGAACGGAUGGACUGUCCUGACGGCUUGUGUUUAGUGAAGAAACAUGAACAUGAAGCACAAACUGAAGAUGUGAGGAAAUGAGGAAAUGAGGAGUGGAGCUGCAGAUACUGGAGUACGACGGAGUAUUAGUGACACAUGAGAAAAAAAAAAAAAAAAAACACUUGUCACUAUGAGAAUAAAGUCGUUAUCUUUCAAGAAUAAAGUCAUUAAU